UCUUUCUUCAACUGAUCUAUUAGUAAUACUAGUGCGUAUCCCUUUUUUGACUCUUCUCUCUCACUUUCUCUUUCCUCUUUUCUCUUUCUCUUUCUACAUUUCUGCUCAACUCCAUUAGAUCAUGUGAAAAUCUUCUUCUUCUUCACUGUUUAGUUUUGUCAAUCUGCAAAAAAGCAGUUUCUCUAGUCUUGAUUUCGAGGGUUUUCUAGAAAAGUCGGUGAAAAAUGAAGUCUUCGUUUGGAAAAUUGAAGAGAUUGGCAUUUCCGAAGAGUGAUGGAAGAGAACGGAAAGAGUUUCAACAUCCUUUGAAACUCGAUCAUCUUGCUCUCGCUUCUCAGGAGAUGGAGGCCAUGAGAGACUGCUACGAUAGUUUGCUAUCAGUGGCGGCAGCCACCGUAAAUAGUGCUUAUGAGUUCUCUGAAUCUCUUCGCGAAAUGGGUAGUUGUCUACAAGAGAAAGCAGAAUUAUACAAGGAUGAUGAGAGUAAAAAGGUCUUCAUGAUGUUGGGGAAGGUUGAAUUCGAACUUCAGAAGCUCCUUGACCAUUAUCGCUCUCAUAUAUCCCUGACAAUUACCAAGCCAUCAGAGUCGCUUCUUAUUGAACUUCAGACUGUUCAGGAGAUGAAACAACAAUGUGAUGAGAAAAGAAGCGUGUACGAAUACAUGAUUUCCCAACAGAAGGAAAAAGGUCGGUCAAAAAGUGGAAAAGGAGAAGGGAUUUCUACAGAGCAGUUGCAACAAGCUCAUACUGAAUAUGAAGAAGAAGCCACACUAUGCCUGUUCCGGUUGAAGUCUCUAAAGCAAGGACAGGCCCGUAGCCUCCUUACGCAGGCAGCGCGUCAUCAUACAGCCCAGUUGAACUUCUUCAGAAAAGGACUUAAGUCACUUGAGUUAGUUGACCCACAUGUGAAGCUGAUUACAGAGAAGCAACAUAUAGAUUACCAAUUUAGUCUUGAUGAUGGUGGAGAUGGGGAAGAUGAGGGAGAAUAUAGUUACGAGUCUAAUGAUAAUGGGGAAUUAAGUUUUGAUUAUCGGCCACAUAAGGUGGAAACCGAAGCUGCUGCAACAUCAAGGAAUUCCAUGGAGAUGGAUCAAGAACAAUCAUUUGUUAAAGCCUCAAACGUGGAUAAUACAGAGUUCAAUUGGGAGAAAGUCCAUGUUGAUUCUCAGAUGCUAGAAAGUGAACCUAGGGGCAGCAGUUAUAGCCACUCUGCUCCUAUUAUUCCUGAGAAGAAAUUUGAUCCUGCAGUGAGAGUAAAACAAAUGCGCCCAAGCCUUUCACAAAAGUUCCACACCUAUGUGUUGCCUACCCCUUCUGAUGCAAAGAGUUCAAGUUCCUCAAGAACAAGUUCAGCUCCGCGUACAAGGCCAACUGCAGCCUCUGCACACAAUAUUUGGCAUUCAUCUCCUUUGGAGACCAAAAUGAAUAAGAGAAAUUCAAAAGAGGAUAAUCAAUCAUCAACUUUCUACAAAGCACAUCCACUAAUUGAUCCGAGAGAUACCAACCAAGAGAACCAAGCCUCCUCACUUCUACCUCCUUUGGCUGAUGGAAUAGGAUUUCAACAAAGGGACUCAUUUGAUACAUAUGAUCAUAAGAAACUAAAAAGACAAUCAUUUUCUGGUCCGUUAAGUAGUAACUCGCGUUCUGCAAAACAGGGUGUUUCUAUAAGUGGGCCCAUUUCUUCAAAGAUUCCCUUGCGAGCCUCUGGCCCCACAUUUCAGGCUUCACUGCCUCAACCAUCGUCUCCAAAACGUCACUCUCCUCCAUCUGUAUCUCCACCGAAGAUAAGUGAGUUGCAUGAACUUCCUAGGCCUCCUACUGUAGUAUCUAGCAAACCUUCUACGUAUUCUGCUUCUAGUGGUUUUUCAGCUCCUUUGGGAUCAAAAAACUCUGAAGUUCCAGCAGAUAAUAAAGGCGUGUCUACGACCACCAACACAGCAUCUCCCUUGCCAACUCCCCCGUUGACUGUUCCACGAAGCUUCUCCAUUCCAUCUAGCCACUAUAGAGCAAAGGCAUUAGGCGUCACUAAGCUGGAGACAACUCAGCUUAAUGAAAAUUAUGCUGCAUCUCCUCCGUUGACUCCUAUCUCGUUAGCACAUGCUAAUGCAGUUAUAACAUCUCCUAGAGCAAGCACUCUUAGUGGAACAUAAAGGCGGAGAGAUGGUUCAAUGCAGUAUUGUUUCCAUGACGAAAGGUUCACAUUUAUCCGCCUCUUGUGAUGGACGCAGCUCUGUAAAUACUACUAUUAGGUACCUGUCUGUCUUGUGUAGCCAUAUAUAACUUGCAAUUUUUGUUGAUCAGCUAUAUAGCCUUUGGAAAUUGUAUGCAACCGUCCUAGUAAGUUGUAACAUUUUCAAGUGAAUAAUUUGCUCUUUUCCGCGGCAUAGGAAAGAUGGUUUUCUCUUCUAGAUUUUCAAUAAAGAAAUUUGUGGAUCAGAUGAUGAGGGACAAUGUCGGUCUAUGUCCAAAAAUAGAAUUGUAUCAAAUUUAUUCAGACAAAUAUUUGGAUUAGCAAAAUUAUUAGGAAGUAGAAUCAUUUUCGAGAAUGAAAAAACUUGAAAAAAGUUUCAAUGAUCUUGUACCAAUAUGAUCUCUUCAUUAUGUUAGGAGCCCUUGAAAUCACAAUGUCAUACUGUAUGCUUUUGAUGAAA